AAAUGAAGAAGAUAAUAUAAAUAUUAAAAAAAUUGCAUAUAAAGAAUUAUAUGAAGAAAAGUAUCAAGAAUAUAUACUUAAUAGUCCUGCUGAAUUUGAAGGAUCAGUUAGACCUGAUAUAACUGCAAAAGAAUUAUUUUCUGAGACUGUUAAAACAAAAUUUAGAUUAAAAAGUCUUAGUAUAGCGAAACAUGAUAAUCUUAAAAAUUAUCUACAUACACAUACUACAUGA